AUGGAUAUCUCAGAGUUUCUCCGCCUUGCAACCGCCAUCGUGGGAGAAGACAAUGUUUCAAAGGAUCCAUCGCACGGUGCCCCCGAAGGCCUCCAUGGAGCUGACAACUACGGCGACCCCUUUCCCCUUAGCCAACCUCACCAUGUCGCAGCCGCAGUGCGGCCCGUCACAGUCGAUCAAAUCCGUGAACUCGUACGCGCUGCGAACAAAACCCGAACACCACUCUGGACGGUGUCCCGAGGAAAGAAUCUCGGGUACGGCGGCUCUGCGCCAGUCGUUUCCGGCACAGUUGUGCUCGAUCUGCACAAAAUGGACAACAUAAUCGAGAUAAACGAAGAGUAUGCAUAUGCGAUAGUCGAGCCCGGCACCACGUUCAUGGACCUCUAUAACGAAAUCAAGAGACGCAAGUUGAAUCUCUGGAUGUCUGUCCCGGCUCUGGGCUGGGGCUCCAUUAUUGGAAAUACUCUGGAAAGAGGGAUGGGAUAUACUCCAGAAGCAGUGCAUUAUAAACACCAGUGCGGCAUGGAAGUCGUCCUCCCAAGCGGCGAGCUGCUACGGACCGGCAUGGGUGCCAUGACGAACAACAAGACUUGGCCAUUAUACUCUGGUGGUUUGGGUCCAGGUCUAGAUGGCCUCUUCUACCAAUCCAACUACGGUAUCGUCACCAAGAUGGGCAUUCACCUAUCUCACGCUCCCGAGGCAUACACCAGAAUCGUAGUAGACUGCCAAGACGACCGGGAUCUGGUACCUCUCACCGGUGCUCUAACAGAACUAAUGCGCAGGCGUGUAAUCACCAACCCCCCGCAGCUCUCCAACACCACGACCAUCGUUACCGGCCUGAUGUACACCAUCAAAGACAUCGCAGAAGCACUAGGGCCAUACGCAACCCUAGAACACCACAUCCCGGACACCGUCACAGCAGACAUUGCCAAACGCUUCAACAUCCCCGCCUGGCGCGCCGCCUUCGCGCUCUACGCACCGCGGGAGGCUCACGAAGGGCUGAUAGCUGCCAUCAGACGUCGCUUCUCGCGCGUAAAAGGCGCGGAAGUAACAACGGAGACUUUCACGGCGCCGCAAGGCGAGUACCUCCGCGGCGAGGACGUCACGCCAGAUUUCCUCCCGCAGAACGGCGUCCCGAGCGUCGACGGCGUCAAAGUACUCGAAAACCACAACGGCGGCCGGGGCCUAUGGCACAAUUCCUACUCCCCCGUCAUCCCGCCGUCCGGUCGCGAGCUGUACGAAUGGUACGUCGGAGCGCGAAGUCUGACGGCCGAUAAUGAUCUCAACUUCAUUGCCGAUUUCCACCUUUUUGAUCGCUACGUCAUCGGCAUCAACCUCGUCCUGUUCCCGCCCUCGGUGAAGGAGCGAUUGCAUCCUCUGCAGAUGGCGCUCAUGGAGCAUACUAGACGACUUGGGUAUCUUGAGUAUCGCGUUCAUAUAAGUUUCAUGGAAGAGACUGCUGUUCAUCAGGACUUCAACCACCGCGCGUUUGGACGGUUCACCUCGUUGCUGAAGGAUGCAAUCGAUCCGAACGGCGUGUUAUCGCCUGGAAAACAGGGGGUUUGGAACACCGGUAGGACCAUUGCGAAAUUGUAG